AUGGCCGCCGCCGCCGCCACCAACGGCGCCCUUGCCAUGACCAACGCCACCAACGGCGCCAGGACCAACGGCACUCCUGCCACCAAACCGAACGGCGCCUCCGCCACGGCCUACGGCUCCCCCGCGUCCCACCAUAGCGCGGACGGUGCCGGCGACGGCGUUCCCGUGCCAGGCUCAGGCCGCGACCACAUCGUCAUCUUCCCCUUCAUGGCGAAGGGCCACAUGCUCCCGCUGCUCCACUUCGCGACGGCACUCUCGGCGCAACACGGGAGGAGCAGCCGCCUCCGCGUGACCCUAGUCACCACCCCGGGCAACGUGGCCUUCGCCCGGAGCCGUCUGCCCUCGUCGGUGGAUCUCGUCGCGCUCCCGUUCCCGUCGUUCCCGCCGCUUCCCGCGGGCGUCGAGUCCACCGACGCGCUCCCGUGCCCGUCGCUGCACCUGACGUUCAUGCACGCGACGGGGCUCCUGCGCGGGCCCUUCGCCGAGUUCCUGGAGUCGCUCCCCUCCCCGCCGCUCGCGCUCGUCUCCGACUUCUUCCUCGGGUUCACGCGCCGCGUCGCGGCCGACGCGGGGGUCCGCCGCGUCGUCUUCAACGGCAUGUCCUGCUUCGCCUCCGCGAUCUGCAAGGCGCUCGCCGCGAGCCCGCCGGCCAGCGGCUUCGCGCCCGGGGCCAUGAUCCAGGUGCCCGGCAUGCCGGAACACGUGGUGGUCAGGGCGAAGGAGGUCCCCGACGGGGUCACCAAGAGGGCCGAUCCGGACAACCCGUUCACGCGCUUCUUCAUGGACGAGAUCGGUGACUCGGACGUGCGCAGCUGGGGCGUCCUCAGCAACAGCUUCGCCGCGCUCGACGAGGCCUACGUGCCGGCCUUGGAGUCAUUCUACGAGGUGGGAGCCCGUGCCUGGCUCGUCGGCCCGCUGUUCCUGGCCGCCGCCGGCGUCAUGCCAGACGGCGAGAAGGAGCAAGACCCCGAGGGCUGUCUCUCGUGGCUGGACGAGAGGGCGGCGGCGCAGCCGGGGUCGGUGGUCUACGUUUCGUUCGGGACGCAGGCCCACAUCACGGACGCGCAGCUGGACGAGCUGGUGCACGGGCUGGUCCAGUCCGGCCAUCCCUUCCUCUGGGCUGUCCGAUCUGACACAUGGUCGCCGCCGGUAGACGUGGGGCCCAACGGCCGGAUCGUCCGUGGAUGGGUCCCGCAGAGAAGCGUUCUGGCCCACGAGGCAGUUGGUGGGUUCGUGAGCCACUGCGGGUGGAACUCGGUGAUGGAGAGCCUCGCCGCCGGGAAGCCCAUGCUGGCGUGGCCGAUGAUAGCGGAGCAGCACCUGAACGCAAGGCACGUGGCCAACAUCAUCGGCGUCGGCGUCAGGAUAGCCCUGAAGGCUGGCGCGGACGUCGUUGGGAGCGCGGAGGUGGAGGAGAAGGUCCGGGAGCUGAUGGACGCUGAAUGCAAGUCGGCGAAGCAGAUGCGGGAGAGGGCUGCGUGGGCGCAGCAAGCAGCGAGGUCAGCGGUGAGCCACGGUGGAACUUCGGCCAUGGCUUUGCAGAAGCUUGUGGAAGAGCUACAGGAGACCUAUGAUGACGUCGUAGGCAAAGGUGCAAAUGGUGUUUAG